GGAAGAGUGUUUUUGUGACACUGCCGGCGGCGCGGUGCCGGUGCGAUGGGGGCGGGCGUCUGUGAGGAGCCACUCGGAAGGGACCCAUAUCUCUGCGACACCGCUGGGACUCUGUGAAGGCACGGCCGUGCGUGCGGCGCCGGCGCACGCUGAGGGGAGCCCGGGCCGUGGGCUUGGGUGGCCAUGGGGUCGUGGGCGUCGCUGGACUCGCUGUGGGAGACGCCGGCUGAGAAGCGGAUCUUCGGAGCUGUGCUGCUCUUUUCCUGGACGGUGUAUCUGUGGGAGACCUUCCUAGCGCAGCGGCAGAGAAGAAUAUAUAAGACAACAACUCAUGUACCACCGGAGUUAGAACAGAUCAUGGAUUCUGAAACAUUUGAGAAAUCUCGACUGUAUCAACUGGAUAAAAGUACUUUCAGCUUCUGGUCAGGACUCUAUUCAGAGGUCGAAGGCACUUUUAUUCUUCUCUUUGGAGGAAUCCCUUACCUCUGGAGAGUUUCUGGACGGUUCUGUGGUUAUGCUGGCUUUGGACCAGACUAUGAGAUCACUCAGUCUCUGGUGUUUCUGCUAUUGGCUACUCUUUUCAGCGCAUUGACUGGAUUGCCAUGGAGUCUCUAUAAUACUUUUGUGAUAGAAGAAAAACAUGGCUUCAAUCAUCAGACUUUGGAGUUUUUUAUGAAAGAUGCAAUCAAAAAAUUUAUUGUGACUCAGUGUAUUUUAUUGCCUGUGUCUUCGCUUCUACUUUACAUUAUUAAAAUUGGGGGUGACUAUUUUUUUAUUUAUGCCUGGCUGUUCACAUUAGUUGUUUCUCUGGUCCUUGUCACAAUCUAUGCUGAUUAUAUAGCCCCUUUAUUUGACAAAUUCACACCUCUGCCUGAGGGAAAGCUUAAACAAGAAAUUGAAGUAAUGGCCAAGAAUAUUGACUUUCCUUUGACUAAGGUGUAUGUUGUUGAAGGAUCUAAGCGCUCUUCCCACAGCAAUGCUUAUUUUUAUGGCUUCUUCAAGAAUAAGCGAAUAGUUUUGUUUGACACUCUACUAGAAGAGUACUCAGUACUAAACAAGGAUAUCCAGGAGAAGUCUGGUAUGGAAGCUCGCAGUGAUGGAGAAGGGGACAAUGAAGAAGUGAAAGCUAAAGUUAAAAUUCAGAAUAAGAAACAGGGAUGUAAAAAUGAAGAGGUACUUGCUGUACUGGGCCAUGAACUGGGGCACUGGAAGUUGGGACACACGAUCAAAAAUAUCAUUAUUAGCCAGAUGAAUUCUUUCCUGUGUUUUUUCUUGUUUGCUGUAUUAAUUGGUCGGAAGGAACUUUUUGCUGCAUUUGGUUUUUAUGACAACCAACCCACUCUAAUUGGACUGUUGAUCAUCUUUCAGUUUAUUUUUUCGCCUUACAAUGAGGUUCUUUCUUUCUGCCUAACAGUCCUGAGCCGAAGGUUUGAGUUUCAAGCUGAUGCAUUUGCCAAGAAACUGGGGAAGGCCAAAGACUUAUAUUCUGCUUUGAUCAAACUAAACAAAGACAACUUGGGAUUCCCAGUUUCUGACUGGUUAUUUUCAAUGUGGCAUUAUUCUCAUCCUCCACUACUAGAGAGACUUCAAGCUUUGAAAAAUACAAAGCAAGACUGAGGUGCUCAUGUUCUGUGACUGGAGGCAUUUCUGAUUAUUUCUGUCCUGGUUCCAGCUCUUGAUGUUUUUAAAUUCUUUUUUUUUU